CGACUCGUAUCGCACUUAGUCUUGUUCUUGUUUUUGUGGGCGAGCGGGCGAAAACAAAUGGAAUUAAAAAAGUCGCGAGGGCCGCUGUGUGCGACUGAGAUGGAACAACUUUGCACUCUUCGUUUGUGCACCAAUCGAGAAAAAAUUCAAUAAAGCUCGCUUCCUUUUGUCUAAUUGCCUAUGUAAAUGUACUUAUAACUGCGACUGUUCGAUUCCGGGCACGCGAUAUCAGUUUUGAAAAUGGAGCAUAGCUUUCCAUCCAUCCAGUUCUGGGAAAUGUAAUUUCCAGGAGAUGCCUGGCAACGGGGCAACGAAAAUAAAACGCGAACCUCUUUCGGACGAAGACGACAGCAACCCGUUCGCUCAUACCUACUUAGCCAAUCAGCUACCUUCGCUGGGACAACACGUGAAGCCUGAACGUGGGAGCAGUCAUGACGAUAGUGUGCCGCAGAUUCUGCAUCAUUUACAGUCCCAAGGACUGGAGGAGCUGGCACCGCUGGCGCCGGCGGGCCCCGCCGCCACGCCGGUCUGCGUGAAGCAAGAACCAACCGACGACCCGCCAGCAACCUCGCUCGAGACUUUGGAACCGGCUCCUCACGCUACGGGUGCCACGCUGCUCGACCGUCACAUGUCCAUGCUGUGCUCCGAAGCACCUGAAUCGUCCGACUUCAUGCCGCUGAUGACUGUGAAAGACGAGCCAAUGUCAGAGGGAGAACAACACCAGUACAGCGGGGAAGACACCAGCGACUCGUGCGGGCCGCCGGAGCCGCUGUCGAGGGGCAGCCCCAAGAGUUGGACUCAGAGGGACAUGGACAACGCGCUCGAGGCGCUGAGGAAACACAACAUGAGUCUUACUAAGGCGUCAGCGACGUACGGCAUCCCGUCGACGACGCUGUGGCAGCGCGCGCACCGCCUGGGCAUCGACACUCCCAAGCGCGAGGGCGCCGCCAAGUGCUGGAGCGACGCCGACCUCCGCGGCGCGCUGCGGGCGCUGCGGGCCGGCGCCAUCUCCGCCAACAAGGCCAGCAAGGCCUAUGGUAUUCCCAGCAGCACGCUGUACAAGAUCGCGCGGCGCGAGGGCAUCAGACUGGCGGCGCCGUUCAACGCAGCGCCCACGGCCUGGCGCCGCGCCGACCUCGAGCGCGCGCUGGACGCCGUGCGCCGCGGCGCCAGCUCCGUGCAGCGCGCCGCCGCACAGUUCGGGAUUCCUACCGGAACGCUGUACGGUCGCUGCAAACGCGAAGGCAUCGAGCUGUCGCGCUCGAACCCCACGCCCUGGUCCGAGGACGCGAUGGGCGAGGCGCUCGCUGCUGUCAGAGUGGGCCAAAUGUCUAUAAAUCAAGCAGCAAUUCACUACAACCUGCCGUAUUCGUCCCUUUAUGGAAGGUUCAAGAGAUGCAAAUACCAAACGCAGAAUCUCCAACCGAUGAUGCAGCAAGCAGAUUUCCAAAAGCAGGAAACGGAGCAGGUGUGCCAACCGCACGAGGUUUACUACCAACAUCAGGGACAGUACAUGCAACCUAACGAAAUGAUAGACAUGCAAAACAUUCAGAGUAUUCAGAUGUUUGACUACCAGAGUUACUAUCAGAAUGGAGUCAGUUGAGAGUACGGGGCCUCGUAUGGCGAGGCACCUUGACCCAAAGCUAAAAUAAUGGCUGUGUUGGUUUUUAAAUUA